AUGUCGCCGAUUCGCGUCUGCGUGCUGCAGCUGCCGGCGCUGCUUCGCCGCGACUCGGGCGUGGCGUUGCCCUCCUCACGCGCUGCCUCAAGCAGCGCGGUCGUGGAUCCUCUCGCCGUUUUGCAGCGAAAGCAGCAGCAGAUGCAGCGGGUGCGCGAGGCGCUCGUUGGCGCGGUGACCGCUCUGCGCCAGCGCGGCGAGAAGGACUCGAGUGCCUUCACGACGACCUUCGAACCCGAGACCUUCUCCGCGGCCGCAGUCCCGACGUCCUACAAGGCCAUUCUCGACGCGCUGCUCGCCUCGCCGGCGUUCUCCGCGGCGGAAGGCGUGCGCGCCGCGCCAUUUGAACUCCUCGUCCUCCCUGAGAUCUGGAACGCGCCCUACCACAACUCGUGCUUCGGCGCGUACGCCGAGCACAUCCCCGACGUCCCCCUCUCCCCUUCACCGCAGGAUCCCGAAGAGGCCGGCGCCGGCGUCGGAGCCACGGAGGGCGGAGGCGAGGCGGCGCUCACGGCGUCUCCCUCGUUCGCCUUCAUGCGGGACUUGGCGAAGAGGCUGCGUGUCUACGUCGUCGGCGGCUCCAUCGUCGAGCGCAGCGCCACCAAGAAGCGCCCGCUGGAGGGGCGCGACGGCGGCGAGGCGGAAGAAAAAGUCGCCCUGUAUAACACGUGCUGCGUCUUUGAUUGCGACGGCGCCUUCAUCGCCAAACACCGAAAAAUGCACCUCUUCGACAUCAGCAUUCUCAAGUCCGACGACCCCAACGGAAAGGGAAUAAUCUUCCGUGAGAGCGACACCCUGAGUUCAGGGAACUCGCUGACGUCGUUUUCGCUGCCUUCCUUCGGCAACGUCGGCGUCGGAAUAUGCUACGACUUGCGCUUCUCUGAAAUGGCCCUGGCGCUCACGCAGCAGCGGCAGUGCAAGCUACUCUGCUACCCUGGAGCCUUCAAUCAGACCACAGGGCCGCCGCACUGGUCGCUGCUGCUUCGCGGGCGCGCACUCGACAACCAGGUCUACGUCGUCGGGUGCUCGCCGUCUGCGCCGGCAGUCUCCGGCGAGGGCGAGUAUCCUGCCUACGGACACAGCAUCGUGGUGAGUCCGUACGGCGACGUGCUGGCGGAGCUCGACGGCGCGCCCGGCGCGAUCUUUGCGUCGAUCGAGAAAGGCAAAGUCGACCUCUUCAGGAAGCAAGUCCCCACCAGCGUGCAAAAACGCUUCGGUGAGGUCUACACGCAGGUUCAGGAGAUCGCCGCGGAAGGCCUCAACGGCGCCGCGCGCGAAGGCACGCCUGGAGCAUAA